GCUCUGGAUGUUGACCGAACUGUUCUCUAUAAAAUGAAGAAAUCUGUCAAAGCCAUAAACAUAUCUGGUCUGGCUCAUGUGGAAAAUGAAGAACAGUAUACACAAGCACUGGAGAAAUUCGGAGGCAACUGUGUUUGCAGGGAUGACCCAGAUUUGGGAACAGCGUUUUUAAAAUUUUCUGUGUUUACAAAGGAAUUAACUGCACUCUUCAAAAAUUUGAUUCAGAAUAUGAACAACAUAAUCACUUUUCCAUUGGACAGUUUGCUAAAGGGCGAUCUGAAAGGAGUGAAAGGGGACUUGAAAAAACCCUUUGAUAAAGCUUGGAAGGACUAUGAAACAAAAGUUACAAAAAUAGAGAAGGAGAAAAAAGAGCAUGCUAAGCUGCAUGGGAUGAUCCGUACAGAAAUAAGUGGCGCUGAAAUUGCAGAAGAGAUGGAGAAAGAAAGAAGGUUCUUCCAGUUACAGAUGUGUGAGUACCUGCUGAAAGUUAAUGAAAUCAAGAUUAAAAAAGGAGUGGACUUGCUUCAGAACUUGAUCAAGUAUUUUCAUGCUCAGUGCAAUUUCUUUCAGGAUGGGUUAAAAGCAGUUGAAAGUCUCAAGCCUUCUAUUGAGACACUCUCGACAGAUCUUUAUACGAUCAAACAAGCACAAGAUGAGGAAAGAAGACAAUUAACACAACUCAGAGAUAUUUUAAAAUCGGCACUCCAGGUUGACCAGAAAGAGGAUUCUCAGAUUCGUCAGAGUACAGCUUACAGUUUACAUCAGCCUCAGGGAAACAAGGAACAUGGCACUGAACGAAAUGGUAGUCUGUACAAGAAGAGUGAUGGAAUCAGAAAAGUGUGGCAAAAAAGGAAGUGCUCAGUUAAAAAUGGUUUUCUUACAAUUUCCCAUGGUACAGCUAACCGACCUCCAGCAAAGCUCAAUCUGUUAACCUGCCAAGUGAAAACAAACCCAGAGGAGAAAAAGUGUUUUGACCUCAUAUCACAUGACAGGACAUACCACUUUCAAGCAGAGGAUGAACAAGAAUGUCAAAUAUGGACAUCUGUGCUACAAAACAGCAAGGAGGAAGCUUUAAAUAAUGCAUUCAAAGGAGAUGAUAACACAGGAGAAAAUAAUAUUGUCCAGGAGCUGACAAAAGAAAUUAUAUCUGAAGUCCAGAGGAUGACUGGAAAUGAUGUGUGUUGUGACUGUGGAGCACAAGAUCCUACCUGGCUUUCAACAAAUUUGGGAAUUCUAACUUGCAUUGAAUGCUCAGGAAUCCAUAGAGAACUUGGUGUUCACUAUUCAAGAAUGCAAUCACUUACAUUAGAUGUGCUGGGAACAUCUGAACUUUUGCUUGCAAAGAAUAUUGGGAAUGCUGGUUUUAAUGAAAUUAUGGAAUUCUGUCUGCCAGUUGAUGAGAUGGUCAAACCUAAUCCAAGCAGUGAUAUGAACGCAAGAAAAGAUUAUAUUACUGCCAAGUACAUUGAGAGAAAAUAUGCAAGGAAAAAGCAUGCUGACAAUGCAGCUAAAUUACAUGCUCUUUGUGAAGCAGUCAAAUCAAGAGACAUUCUUGGAUUAGUCCAAGUAUAUGCUGACGGUGUGGAUCUCACAGAAAAAAUUCCCCUGGCCAACGGCCAUGAGCAAGACGAAACAGCACUUCACCUUGCUGUUAGGUCAGUUGAUCGAACAUCCCUUCAUAUAGUUGACUUUUUAGUGCAGAACAGUGGCAAUCUAGAUAAGCAAACGUGUAAAGGUAGCACAGCCCUGCAUUACUGCUGUCUGACGGACAACGUUGAGUGCCUCAAACUGCUGCUGAGAGGGAAGGCUUCUAUUGAGAUAGCUAAUGAAUCAGGAGAGACACCACUUGAUAUAGCUAAACGCUUGAAACAUACUCACUGUGAAGAGUUGCUUACUCAAGCACUGUCUGGAAGAUUUAAUUCUCAUGUUCAUGUAGAAUAUGAAUGGCGGUUACUCCAUGAAGAUCUGGAUGAAAGUGAUGAUGAUGUGGAUGAAAAGCUGCAGCAACCCAGCCCCAAUCGGAGAGAAGACAGACCUGUCAGCUUCUAUCAACUUGGAUCAAACCAACUUCAGCCUAAUGUAGCAUCCUUGGCAAGAGAUGCAGCGAACAUUGCUAAGGAUAAGCAAAGAGGAUUUAUGCCAAGUAUAUUGCAGAAUGAAACAUAUGGAGCAAUACUCAGUGGCAGUCCACCUCCCAUUCAGCCUGCAGUACCUGUUACAAGUAGUGCACCUCCUCUACCUCCAAGGAAUAUUGGCAAAGUUCAGCCUUCAGUUCUUGGCAGUGGUAUUCAGACAAUUUCUUCAUCUAAUGCAAUGUGGAAGACAAAUUCUUUAGGAGUGGAAAGUAUAAGCAGGCAGAGGUCUUCAUCAGAUCCACCAGCUAUUCAUCCCCCUGUGCCGCCAUUGCGUGUAACAUCUACAAAUGUGCUUUCUUCAGCACCACCACCUCCAGUGGCAAAGACAGCCAGCAUUAUAGAAGCUUUGAACCAGCAAUCUAAACAGCAACCAGCUCCUCCACAAACUAAGCCAACUCCACCACCACUGCCCCCACAACCUCCCAGUAGAAUCUCACAAAGAAAGCCUAUUCCUGGGACUGAGAAGUCGUCUGGCUUAACUAACAAAGGACAGUCCAGAGGACUUGGGUCUCUACAACAAACUGCAGGAGAGUCUGUAUGUGAAAUUCCAGUAACACAGACUGGUUCUACAACAAAUACUUUGGCACAAAUCCAGCCACCAGCACCAAUGCCAAGGAAAUCACAAAUA